GUGUGGUUUCGCAGAUUCACACGGCCAGCAUCUUGUACAAUUACUACCACAGGAAGAUGUCGCCGCAGCUUGCUUUUGCAGAUGCCAAGCGGUUUCUUGUGUGUGCUUCUCUUUCUGCUGGAGAGGAUCUGCUUGCAUACUUGAGUAUGGUUCAUGAGCGUGAGAGCAAUCCUGGCAAGCAUGUGAGUUUAUCUGUUACUGACAGAGCAGCAAUACAGGCAUGUGAGAUCGCUCAAGAACUCGACGCGAGCAAAAAUUCUCCAGACAUGGCAAUGUGGCCAAUAUCAAAAGUUGCUGUGCUUCUUCUUGAUCCGACAAGAAAAAAAUGUUUGAUUGAGUAUAGUGCUAAUACCAAGGGUAUCUGGUCAAUCAUAGAGAAGGAAUUAGAUGCAACAGCUGGUAAUUCACACAGUACCAACCAGCCAGCAGGCCAGGAAUCAACAGGUAAAGGAAACUUGGGUGCUCUGAAUACACCAUAUAUGCUUCAUCAACAAGCCUAUUCAGAGGUGGAACGUAGAACAGGAAUGAAGGGCUCAAACUUGCGUCUUCUCGAUGAAACUUUGGCAUACUCGUUGAGUAAAGAAAGGACGACUACCAAGUUAUUUAUUUUGGAGUAUGAGCAAACCGUGAACAGCAACCUUGUGGAAAUGUGUCUAGAAGAGUUGAUUAGCAGUAUGACUGGUCCGCUAUUUGCAAAUGAUCCAUUUCCAAAAACAACAUCUGUAGUUGAGUAUUAUCACAUUCUUCCUUAUAAGGAGAUUUUGUUUGAACUCCUCCACAGGAAAUGGCCUUCUGAUUCUCCACUAAACGAACAAUCACAUCGACAUGGAAAAGGUUCAUUGCACUCUGUAAUAGAUGAAAAUGUGGAAGAGCAAGAUGUGAAUAGCACGUCUAAGAUGCAAAAACCAGUUACAAGAGUGUCAACUCCAAAGCAAAGCAAACAAGCAAUUGGUGCCAAUAGCAACCAGGACUACAGGACCAGCAAGCACAAAAGAAACAGCAAAAGAAAAUCUGAAGCCUCCAGGGCUGAUGUCUGUGCAGAGGAUCCAGAUGGUGAGAUGCACACAAUAGAAAAUGGUCCACCUCCUGUUAUUAUUGAUGUGGAAACUUCAAAACCCCUGACUAAGUCAAGAAAUACAAAAGCUGCAGCUGCAGCAAGUCGAGAAACUAAAAUCCUACAAGCCGUAGAGAAGAACAAAACACAGAAGCAGUCUAGACGUUACAAUGUGCCCCAAGAUGUCUUUCCUGUAGAGGCACCACAUGUUGAUCUAAAGAACCGUGCUUUGGAACGUCAAAAUAUGGAUGUGUCAGAAAAGUCAGGUUCGGGCGGCACCACCGAGUACACCAAUGACCAGAUGUAUGAUUCCCUGCGAUCAAUUCAGAAAAUACGAGAUGAUAUUCUUCGCAAGGAAUGCAUACUUCAAGAACGAAGUGCUCAGUGUGAUAUGGACAUUCAGACAAUCUUGAGUGAAGGGAAGAUGACACCAAAAACUGUGUCAAUAAUACACAAAUACAAGGAAACUUGCUCAGAUAUGAUGGAUCUUGCCAAAUCAUCUUGCUCUGGAGAUGGUGGCCAAUCCAUCACUCAGAGGAAGGGAUUGAGGGAGGCACUCCUCCGACACAAUUCAUGCGAGGAACUUGAUGAGAUCUGCCGUGGGGGCAAUUGGAUAUUCCCAAGAUACACAGUAGUACCUUCAGUAUCAGAUGGAAUGUUCCACGCCAGUGUACUUUUGACAUGCCCCGAGUUUGAGAUGAGCAUCACUGGCGGCCCUCGUCCGACCGCACACGAGGCGAGGUGCUCAGCAGCUGCCAAUAUGAUACUGGAGCUUCACAAGAAGGCGGAGGAGCAAGAACAGUAGGAUACCUGGUGCAAAAAUUACAACUCCUAAAUUGCGGUACUGCAGGUGGAUGGAACGAGUUGUUAUUUAGUCCUUACAACUUUGAACCAAACUUCGUGUGAAACAUAAUCUCAUGUUGGUACCUGGUCUUAGCUAUUUUACCUUCCAGAGGAGGAGAUGACUCCUUGUGUUGUUGUCGGUAUUAUGGCUGUUUGUUAAGGUCAUGAUAAACCCCAGACUGUUAUUUGGAAAAUUCUGUGACUCUGCAGCCGCAAUGUCUGUUUUGUUACGGGGGUGAA